UAUACUGUCUUCCCGUCCACUCUCCCAAACAGAGAUACCAUUUGGCUGAGCUUAUUAUAUAAGCCCCAUCCAGAGUCUCCUCACCGAGAAAAGCCUCUCUCAUCGCUCUCCCCUCUCUCUCUCUCUCUCUCUGACAAACGUUCCCCGUCAAAACCGACGGAGGCUUUCGGGUCGCCUCCGAAGUCUGAACAACGCCGAUAAAUUUCAAAGAUAUAUAGUUUUCUUCUGAGUGAUGGGUGUGAGCUGCCGCUGCUCCCAUACUUUUCACAUAACCGUGAUCAUCAUCACGAGCUUCUUCCGUCAUAAGCUAUAGAUCAAGUGUGGAAAUCAUGACCGUCGGAUCCUCACAAGAGAUCAUGUCCCUCUGAAUUGUCCGGGAAUUCGAGAGUACAGCAAGGCCGGAAGCGAUGGCGGCGGGUGGGAGGGUGUAUAACGACUCCAAUAUGACCGUUAUACUUCAAAACGAAGGGAUUCCUUGUUCUUCAGAAGCUCUUGAGACUCUGCUCAUGUCCAGUUCUUCUCCUACUUUCCAUGGUUCGAGUUCCAUGGUUAGCUUUGAAGACGUUCGAAGAGGAAAGACACCAGAUAGAUCUUUCUUCCGACCACUUGAGCAACAAGAUAAUGGCGACGAGGACUUGGAUGAGUGUUUUCAUCAACCUGGGAAGAAGAGGCGGCUUACAACCGAUCAAGUCCAAUUUCUUGAGAAAAGUUUUGAGAUGGAGAAUAAGCUUGAACCAGAAAGGAAAGUUCAGCUCGCAAGGGACCUUGGCUUGCAGCCUCGGCAGGUUGCAAUAUGGUUUCAGAACCGGCGGGCACGGUGGAAGACAAAGCAACUGGAGAAGGACUAUGAAGCUCUGAGAGCUAAGUACAACAACCUCAAGGCUGAUUAUGAUAACCUCGUAAAAGAGAAGGAAAAACUGAAAACCGAGGUUCUUUCCCUCACAGAGAGGCUGCUCUUGAAAGAGAAAGAGAAGGGAAAUUCAGGAACAUCUGAUGUGAACAAACCAUCUGAUUUACAGCCACAGAAACCCAUUCCCGAUUCAACUUCUGAAGAGAGGGAAUCCGAGGUGCCAAUUGUACAUGUGGUCUGUAAACAGGAAGAUAUAAGUUCCGCCAACAGUGAUAUCUUGGAUUCUGAAAGCCCACAUUAUACAGACGCUGGCCACUCUUCCCUUUUGGAGCCUGCUGAUUCUUCCCACAUCUUUGAACCGGACAACUCAGACCUCUCACAAGAUGAAGAAGAUAACUUGAGUAGGAGCUUGUUUCCAUCUGUGUAUUACUUCCCAAAGCUGGAAGAUGCUGUUUACUCCGACCUACCUGCACAUUCUUGUAAUUAUGGAUUCCCAAGUGAGGAUCAGGCCCUCUGGUUCUGGUCUGAAUUAUAAUCAGUAUAUAUGCAUGUAUUUGCCUCUCCCAUUUGGUUUAAAGUAUGAUAUUUGCAAUAAAACAAUUAAUGGCACCCCAAACCAGAUAUGGUGGUGGGUUUUGUUCACUGUUGGAAAUGGUUGCUUUUGCCUCUUUUGUAAUUUUACUUUUGUUUUGGCUCCUUUGUGAGCUCAUCAAUGAACUUGUUAUUUGAAUGUAAUUCUCUCUCUCUCUC